GGUGCGUGCGUGCGUGCGUGCGUGCGCGCGCGCUAUCUCCUUUCCGCUCGAGCCGUGCUGCUGCUCCUCAAUGUAGCAAAGACCAUGACAGGCAUCGCCGCUGCCUCCUUCUUCUCCAACAUUUGCCAGUUCGGGGGCUGCGGGCUGCACUUCGAGUCGCUGGCCGAGCUCAUCGUGCACAUCGAGGGUAAUCACAUCGAUACAGAUCCUCGCGUGUUGGAGAAACAGGAACUGCAGCAGCCCACAUAUGUUGCCCUCAGCUACGUUAACAGGUUUAUGACAGAUGCAGCACGGCGGGAGCAUGAGUCUCUGAAGAAGAAAGUUCAGCCAAAGCUGUCGCUCUCUCUGACGGGCAGCCUUUCACGCAACAGCGUGGCCACGCCCCCUCGCCACAACAGCGGCAACCUGACCCCGCCUGUGACUCCGCCCAUCACGCCCUCUUCUUCGUUCAGGAGCAGCACCCCCACAGGCAGCGAGUAUGAUGAGGAGGAAGCAGAAUACGAAGAGUCUGACAGCGACGAGUCGUGGACCACCGAACGUGCCAUUAGCUCUGAAUCCAUCCUCAGUUCCAUGUGCAUGAACGGCGGCGAUGAGAAACCGUUCGCAUGUCCCGUGCCUGGCUGCAAAAAGAGAUACAAGAAUGUGAAUGGUAUUAAGUACCACGCCAAGAACGGCCACCGCAGUCAGAUCCGCGUUCGGAAGCCAUUCAAGUGCCGGUGUGGUAAAAGCUACAAAAGCUCUCAGGGGCUUCGACACCACACCAUCAACUUCCACCCGCCCGUCUCUGCCGACAUCAUCCGCAAGAUGCAGCAGUAGAGAGUGCCAACAUCCUCCUCGACAUCCCCGCACACACACACACACACACACAUCACAUGUAUAUACACCUCCACAUCCAUCCGCGACAGCAGCUGUGGCUGUCCAUUACUCCAACUCUGCCUUUGACCCAUCUUGUCCUCGGUUUUUUGGAGGACAUCCAAAAAAAAAUUGUCUGGAGGACAGUUUGUCUACUUUUCUCUUUUAAGAGUAACUCUCCUUCACCUCCCUUUUCAUUCCACUCCGCAUGAGGAGGAAACUUGAAUCUUUUUAUAUUCCUCUUUCUCAAGGAAGACUCCCGGAUCCGCGUAUCAUUCCGUACCUCCAUGAGGAGGAUUUGAUUCAACCUUCUAUCAAAACACUACACUUUGAAUUGCAUGCUUUUAUUAUUUCCUUUGCUUAUUUGUAUCCUAUUAGCGUGCACAGUUUUGUAUUUUUGCACAUUUGCUUAAUCUUUUUAUUUUCCUCGUCUUUAUUUUUUGAUGCGAGGUGCUUAGACUGACAGUAUGUUUGGAAAGGUGACUCGUGAACCCGAGUCUCUGUGUGAGAAAAACAAAAGAUAGGAAAGCUUUGAAUAGUCUGAAUCUUUAUCUACCCUGUAUAAGCAACAUUCACAGCUACAGAUUGUGUAUAUAUUCUAUACAUUUCAUACAUUUUAAUUCUAUACUUUAUUCCCAUAUUUUAUUUUGUAUAUCUUAAACCGAAUUCAGGAGAUGACGAUAUUGAUACGGAUGUGCAGUUUUCUGUAGUGCUUUCACCAUUUACGUUAAUCUCAGAAAAGUUUUGAGUUCUAGCACCAAAUGACUCUCAGGUGACAAAUCACCAGCAUUACAAAACCAUGAUCCUGAUCUGAUAGUAUUUUAGAGUAGGCUGUUACACUCUUCCCAGGUCCGCUGUGGCCGGACCGUUCUAGAACUCCACAGCGAUCUGGAGAAGAACCUAAAGCACUUUGUAUUGACCAGCUGCCAACCUGUUCAGCUCAUUUUGUAUUGCCAAGUCCGUUGCGAAAUUCUAAAAACUAAUAUGGUGCUUUGGAGGUCUCUCUUUCUGAAGUUCUUUCCUUUUUUUUUUUCUUGCUGAGGGAAAAUAAUUAAUUAUUUCACUAUACCUCCAGUGCGCUUGUUAGAUGUGAGAUUAUUGAAACUGGUUGCCUUUGAGUUGUGGUACACCACAGCAUUCCAGUACAGUAUAUGUGUAGCCAAGUUAUUCAGAUUGUGUAUCCAUCCUGAUUCUGGCUCGUCUCUGAUGAAUCCGUGUGACUUUUAUACCCCUAACCUGUCACUGGCAUGAUGUAGAGUCACAGCCCAAAGAGAUCCAAGUGUGGACACAUACCUUGAAUCAGAAAGGUGCUUGAUUUGAUUUGCUUUUGGAUUGUGGGUGGUAUAAAUGAAGAGUCGCUAGAUCCUCCAGAGAUGGCGGCCAGAUCAGGGCCUGCCAAGCACUCAUGAUGACAUCACAGCAUGGACGUUAAUGUUGUUGGAACUGCAGUAUCGGUUUAGAUGGAAGAGUAUUACACUGCCAGGACAGAGGGAAGUAUUUGAUAUAUUGUGUACUUGAUGUAUUUAGAUGUGAGUGCUGUAAAUUAUAUUUUAUUAAGUUUCUGGACAACAGUGUUCCUACAUGUAAUGAAGUCAGACAGCAGGGGUUGUUUUGGAACUGGUGACAUUUUCUGCAACAAAACUAAAAAAAUAAAUAAAAAAAGCUGCUUCAUAAAUGUAAA